AUGACCUUCACCGACCCCAACGGCGUCAAACACGCCCUUAAGUUGACGUCUUCUACCCCCAAUCCUCUACGCAGGACGAAGGUCGACAUGUUUGAGGUCAACGGAGAGUACAUCGUUGCACCCGUCGAAGGCGAAGCCAGAUCGAUCGUUUCGAAGCGGCCAUCGCCUCAUCUACACACCAUCGAGGAAGAAGACGAAGUUGAAGCAGCAACUUCUCCUUCCCCCCAGCCGCCCGCCUUGCGCAAGGCUUCCGAGUCUAAGAAUUCGCGGUCGAUGAGACAAAGUGCCCACACACUCCCAGAAUCGGAGUCUGAUGAUGAGAAACAGGCUAUGACUGCCCUCCGAAAACCUCUCAGGCGCCCGACUAGGCUCCGUGCACCUGGUGGCUAUCACCAUUCCGAUUCCGAAAACACCGAUGAGGAGGAUACUCCCAAAAUCAGUCGAGAUACAGCUCUCAAGCGACAGCAGUUCUGGGGACGAAUCACCCGAGACUCCCCUCCUAGGCUAUGCACCAGCAUCCUUCCGUAUCAAAGCGAUAUCACAGCCUUCGUCAUCGAAGGCGACUAG